UGUGUGUGAGUGUGAGUGUGAGAGUGUGUAAGUGUGUGUUCCUCUUGCACAGGCGCUCCCAUGUCAUGUUGCGUAGUCUGGAAACCUGACGUGUGGAGCGAGGAGCGCGGUGCCAAGCAGUCAGCGCGACUACAGCGCGAGCGUCUGUGUGUGUGUGUGUGUGUGUGUGUGUGUGUGCGAGCGCGCGCGCGCGUGUGUGUGUGUGUGAGAGAGUGAGUAUGUGUGUGUGUGAGUGUGUAUGAGCGGCAGAGUUGCGGCGGGGCAGACCUCUCGCUCGCUCACUCCUCUCCGGACGCACGAGACCGGCGGCUCGCUCCCCGGACCCACUCGGCUGGGCGACCCGAGGAUCCCACUCCUGGCGGAACACACUCGGGCUCCGCCGGCAGGGGAAGGUGGAACUCGACUACAGUCCUCGACCUGUGAGCGAUGCACAGGCAGCAUGGCCAAGUGGUUCAAGGAGCACCUGGGAUUCAAAACUACCAAAGCGCCCCCGCCGGCGCCGCCGAAGCCGGACUACAGACACUGUCACACCGGUGCGCCCGGCGCGCCGGGCUUCCAGCAGGCGAGCUCCGGGGCCGCCUUCCCGAGUCCCGCGCAGCCGGACAUACUCGCCGCGUACAAACUCCAGAAGGAGCUGGACUUCGAGGACCCGUACACUCCCGGCGGAAAUAUCUCGUUCGGGCCAGGCUCGAACGCCGUGGGCUCGCCGGACAUCAAGUACGUGUCGCCGAAGCACCGACUCAUCAAGGUGGAGACGAUCGAGAAGAGCAGCCCGGCUCCGGGCGGCGGCGUCGCGGCGGUCGCCCAGGCGCUCUCCGUUAAGUCCCCCACCUCGCCGCCCUCGGACCACGACAACAAGGAGAAGCUUAUCAUCCUCGAAGACUACGCGGACCCUUUCGAUGCUGAGCAGGCUGGCGGCGCACCGACCACCGCGGAGAAGGUGACGACCGAGAACGACGGCUACAUGGAGCCAUAUGAGGCCCAGAAGAUGAUGGCAGAAAUCCGAUCUGGUGGACGAGUGCCCAAGGAAGGACCCCUGAGGCAGCUGCCCCUGUACGACACGCCGUACGAGCCGGCCGAGAACGGCGGCGACUCGGACCCCGAGCGCUCGCGCUGCCCAAGAGAAAGCCGACUGCCCCAGGAUGAUGAGCGGCCCCCCGAGGAGUAUGACCAGCCCUGGGAGUGGAAAAAGGAGCGGAUUUCCAAAGCGUUUGCAGUAGAGAUUAAAGUGAUCAAGGACCUACCAUGGCCCCCUCCUGUCGGGCAACUCAACACCAGCCCUCCCCUGGUGGAGGAGCUGGAGUCCCCUUCCCAGACAGGUCAGCCCUCGCCAGGACAGACGAGCUGUGACCAGCACCACCAUGUCCAGUUCGAUGUCGUGGAGAAGUCUCGAAUGUCGCCCACCAAGGACGGGAAAACUCGCCCGCUGCAGCGGCACUCCAGCGGAUGUCUGGUCAACACUAAAAUGACGUCGCUGGACCACUGCAGCGCCUCUCUAGGGGAGCGCAUUGACCCCACCAUGCCCCUGGAGAGCCAGUUCUGGUACCACGGAGCGAUCAGCCGGACAGACGCCGAGUCCCUGCUCAGGCUGUGUAAGGAGGCCAGCUAUCUGGUGAGAAACAGCGAGACCAGCAAGAACGACUACUCCCUCUCCCUUAAGAGCAGCCAGGGCUUCAUGCACAUGAAGCUGUCGCGGACAAAGGAGAACAAGUACAUCCUGGGCCAGAACAGCUGCCCGUUUGACAGCGUGCCUGAGAUCAUCCAUUUCUACUCCAGCCGCAAGCUGCCUAUCAAGGGUGCCGAACACAUGUCCCUGCUCUACCCCGUGGCCAUUAGGACACUAUAGUGCUCCGGGUCACCUGCAGGCGUCGCCCCCCCCCCCUGCAGCAAUGGACCACCGUGGCUCCACUCUCCCCGUCCCUGUGGACGGAGCCCUGUCGGCUGGAGGGGAAGACGAACAGUGGCAUCCCACACUGCUGCUCCUCACUCACCUCACUGGCCGACAGAAUCCAAAACCUGAUUUGAAGGCCUCCUGCAUUCUAUCUCCCACUUACAGACUUCUUUUUUAUGAUUUGAUGUUAUUAUAUUCUAUUUUAUUUUAUUUUUAUUUAUGACAGUCACUCGCUUCAUCACAUCACAGACUGAGGAACACCAUUUCACUUAUUCUUGAGCUGACUCCCCCCCCCCACCCCCCGGCACUUAAACCCUUCGAAGAAAAAAGAAAAGGUACAACAGCGUAAUAUUUGCCACUGAGAUGUACCUUUUUAUCAAACACGUGUUGUACCUUUUUUUUUAUUUCUAAGAGUGCACGUCAUGACGGUCUGAUUCCUCUCAUUCGGCUAGGCUCUGCUGUUGUUUUAAUUGUUUGUUAGGGGACUUGAAGAUUGUAAGAGCCGCGUAAGGGAAGCGACUUUUAUGAGGCAUGUUAAGGGAUAUUGUCCACAUGGGCCCCAUACGGUGGCCAGGAUAUUGAAUAAACCGGGCCGUGUAUGAAUGGUAUUUCCCCAGCUGCGCAGGGCCAACGCGCCUGUGAGCUGUACAGAUUGAUCUCUCUAUCUUGUCAUAGUGCAUGCUGUCUGCUAUCCAUCACCGAGUGGGUGUAUCACGUCAACGACAGUGUAAGUACCACGGUGGUGAGACAGGCAGGGGAGCAUGAUGGAUGGGUCGUCCCAUCCGACACAGUACAAUUGGCUGAGGCAAGAGACCAGAGCCUGUCCAAAUGGACCAAAUUACCCCCGCUGCCCCUGCUUAGUGUGGCUUUGCAUCGGGAGAAUGAAAUAUGCCUGCAUUGUCUACCUCAGAAAAUCAAUUUCAUUCGCCCAUCUGCAGAUCAAUAGGUACAAUGGGAUCGCAGACAUCGAUCUGCCCUCCCUUCGACAUUCCCGAUUCCCUUCCAAUUGCAUCAUUGGUUUUAGAAAUAUGUCUAAGUUAAUCCAAGAUUUUUGUUUUUUAAUGAAAACAUUUUCAUAAAAAAAGGAAAGACAAAACAUAUUUUCCAGAUCCGCAAUUGUAUGUGUAGUCACUAAUAUGAUACCUUGUGAUGUCAGUAACAAAUGUUUGGUCAAUGCCUUAUAAUGCAUGGGUCAAAUCAGUCCGCAAGCUCCGCUGAUUUCUAAUUCUGCUUUUAAUCGAUUGUUCCGUGACUGUAAUUAAUUCUGGGGUAAUUGUUGCUGAUGUGUUACUCCCGUGUGACGGCCCGUCGGCCCCCUCGCCCUCAUCGUCCCGUGCCGAUGUGAUCAUGUCUUUUGGGACUACUCCAGCCUCUUCUACUGUGGUGCUUUGCCUUUUUUUUUUUUUUUUUUUUACUUUAGCUUCAAGUUCUGCUAUAAAUGCACGUUUGCCUCAGUGGCCGUGGCUCGGCAACACGGGUCACGGCGUCUCCUGACCAACGGGAUUGUCAAGCCUCACGUGAGAGACGAUCGCAUCCUCUCCUUGGACCAAUCACAAUGCAGCCUGUUUGAACCGGACGGACACCCACCUUCGACCUGUUCAGCCUGCUCUCUAUCAUCGACCCCUUUACUACCAGAUGUGCGAACAUGUGUGAAUGGGAGCGAGUAAGCAGGUGUCCGACAUGUGCACGGUGUUUGUGUGCUACUGGGCACAGACUUCCUGAGUUCCAGUGUGUUUUUUAACCCUGCUGGUACAAACUGGUGACAGUUGUUGCUUGAAUCUUUUCGGUUGUCACUUGUUGUUUUUCUGCCCCCCUGAACUUAAGAAAUUAGAAUUCAGCCCACAUUUGAUUUUUGCAAUCCUAGAAAUGACAUGACAUGUCUUGUGGCCAACUCUCUGCAGUUUACUGAAAUAAAAUUCCAACCCACUGCAAAUAAUAAUUUUAAUAAGUCAGCGAGAACGUGCUCUGAGAACAACCUUUGUCGGUCUUGGGAGUUGCAAAAAUCAUUUGGUUGGUGGGUUAAUUAGCAAGUCCAAGUAAAAUUUUGAAUUUUGAAUUGAUGAAAAUAUGACCGACACCGGGAACUAGACGCUGGCUUUUUACGCAAGCAUGACCACUGUAUACAAAUUGAGGCUUUGAUUAUAUCUACACUGUGUGCUAUGCAACUAUAAACUGCUGUCGUUGAAGGGAAAAUGAUUGGAGUGUGUGUGUCUGUGUGUGUGUGUGCGUUUGUGUGUGCGUGAGCCUCCACCAAAAGUUGACACGUGAUGGUACAAAAUGUCCACAGGGAAGCAAUGUAGUCGGCAGAAUGACCUGAAUAGUGAAAGUAGUUUGCAGAAAGGGGAAUGUGCACAUAGUGCAGUCGGGGAGCGGACGGACGCGGCUGUCAUUGGAUAAGUGCAGUGCGUCAUAAGAGGGCGUCUGUUCAUGUGAUGGGGCGACCUCCACAGCUUUAGUAGGGAAUAGUAUGUUGUUGCAGUGGACCUAUGUAUUUCCUUGAAAGAAGAUAUCCUAAGAAAAAACUAGAUUCAAAUAAACUAUAUGUGUGAUGUAUUCUUCAUGUACUAGAUGCUCCCUGUUGAAGAGAUCAAACAGUAGAGGCUCUUUAUUUAGUUACUGCUGCUCGUGAGUAUUUCUCUACCAUAGGGAAGAGUGCGCGUGUGUGUGUGUGUGUGUGUGUGUGUGUGUGUGUGUGUGUGUGUGUGUGUGUGUGUGUGUGUGUGUGUGUGUGUGUGUGUGUGUGUGUGUGUGUGUGUGUGUGUGUGUGUGUGUGUGUGUGUGUGUGUGUGUGUGUGUGUGUGUGUGUGUGUGUGUGUGUGUGAUGGCCACACUGCUUAGAGAGAGGCCUUAGCUCUGAGAGAGAAAAAGGAAAAAAAAACGGGGGAGGUGGAAAGGAAGAAUGAGGGAGAGCCAGAGCGGAGGGUGUUGGGACACGGGGAGGCAUUUGCUGCAAUCAGCAGACACAUUCUUCGCAUUCGUAUAUUUCUACUAUGAAAAUCCUGACAGAGCCCUUCUCCUCCCUCAGAAGUGUCUUAAUGUGUGUGUGUGUGUGUGUGUGCGUGUGCAUGUGCGUGUGUGUGUGUGUGUGUGCGUGCGCGUGCACUGGUGUAAGCAGCCAUCAGCCAUUGACUUGCCCCGUGUGUAUCCAGUGUAUCACUUUACUCUGGUAAAGUGGCAUGUAUGAGUUUCCUUUGUGUACAUUUCCGUGCCACGUAUGUAUGCACUACUUAUAACAUAUCUCUGUACAGUCCCUCAUGGCCAAAUGUAUAUACUGAAUGUAUUGUAUGGGGACAUAGAGGCAUCAAGGUUCAAAAAAAAUAAAAUUGGGUUUAUGAGUUAA